AUGGCUGCACGUCGAAGUUUUGUCACAUCACCACGAUGUUAUUCACAAACAAGUGCACCGGAAGAGCGCCUCUCUGAGACACAACAACCCGCCGAAUCGUCGGCCAGCACCAGCGGGACGAACAAAUCAUCGAUAGACCAAUGGUCAUUUAUGAAGGAUAUAUCAAAACCGAUUCCAUCCCCGUACUCUGCCCAACACGACCUGUAUUCGAAAGCCAACAGAUCACCCGACGACGCAUGGAGAUCGCGGAGCAACGAUAUUGCGACUCAUAUGCGCGACACGCUCAUUACCACCGCCGGUCUCCCGCUCGUGGACUAUAUCAGGAAGAAGUCGAUAGUAGGGUACGAUAUCACAAUUUCUGGUCUACAAGUACCAACGGUCUCUACUGUGUUGCAACGGAAUCGAGUCAAGCAAGAGUGGCGAAGAGAUAUGCGCCAUGAAAAGGGUGCCGUGAAACGGUACCGACUGCGGAGCGAGCGACAUCGUCGGCGGUUUGCUGCCAUGGUGAGACGAAAGGUCCAGAUUGUUCAAGCCAUCCGACAGCGUGGAAUGUAG